UCUCUGCAGUGUGUCCAAACACCCUUAUCUGCCGUGCUUCCGUCCAGUCUAAUUUGGCAGCUGCCUGUCUGCUCCGCAUGCAUUUGUCUGUCUCUCCUUGCUAUGCUAAUGACCACAAGGCUCCCCUCUCUUUUUAUCUAAGCCUCCAAGAAGGUGGAGUCUGGAGUUGCGGUCCCUCGACUAUUAUUAGAAAGAAAGAAAAAGACGGGAGAAGAAAAGAGGCUGCUUUCCCUGUCCUAGUGAGUCCCAGAGCAUUGUGAGGGAGGAGGUUCUGCGAAGGCUCCUGUUGAGAGGCAGGAUCUGUUACCACUUAAGCCACUGCUGCAGUCUUUCCACCUUUCAGUCCGUCUCUUUGGUGCCUCCAUCCCUUCUCUUUGGGCUGCUUCAGUGAAGCCAACAGCAGGCUGCUUUAAGGGAUUGCAGACCACACUCGAAGGAGCUGUUAGCCCUUCUAUCUGCCUCAUUACCGGUAUCCAUCGGACUAACUUUGCGGUUUAGGUGUUUCUACAUCCCGGGGUCAUCCUGGAGCUGCACGACUCUGCCCUGUGGCUUCCCAUGGAGGAAGAUGCUAUGGACAAACUGGAUGACAUGGCGUCUGUCAGUGAGUUCGACCCCAUCGCGGGCAGCAUCCCGGCCACCAAAGUGGAAAUCACAGUCUCUUGCAGGAAUUUACUGGACAGAGAUACCUUCUCGAAAUCAGAUCCUUUAUGUGUUCUGUACACACAGGGAAUUGAGACAAAACAAUGGCGAGAGUUUGGAAGAACAGAGGUCAUUGACAAUACCUUAAAUCCAGAUUUUGUGCGGAAGUUUGUGUUGGAUUACUUCUUUGAAGAGAAACAAAACCUACGGUUUGAUCUAUACGAUGUGGAUUCUAAAAGCCCGGAUUUAUCAAAGCAUGAUUUCCUUGGUCAGGCGUUUUGUACUCUCGGAGAGAUAGUUGGAUCACCUGGAAGUCGGCUGGAGAAACCAUUAAUAUAUGGAACAGGAGAACACGACUGGCGGAAAACAGUGCCAGGAAAGCCUCCUCGACUUCCUCUGAUCUCAAGUGGCAUCCCAGGGAAGAAAUGUGGAACUAUUAUUCUCUCUGCCGAGGAACUUGGGAACUGCAGAGACGUAACAACCAUGCAGUUUUGUGCCAACAAACUUGAUAAGAAGGAUUUCUUUGGGAAGUCAGACCCUUUUAUGGUGUUCUAUAGAAGCAACGAAGAUGGGUCGUUUACAAUUUGUCACAAAACAGAAGUCGUUAAAAACACUUUAAAUCCCGUGUGGCAAGCUUUUUCCAUCCCAGUCAGAGCACUCUGCAAUGGAGACUAUGACAGGACAAUCAAGAUAGAAGUGUAUGACUGGGACCGUGACGGCAGCCACGACUACAUCGGCGAGUUCACUACAUCCUAUCGGGAACUUGCUAGAGGCCAAAGUCAGUUCAACGUCUAUGAGGUAGUCAACACCAAGAAGCGUCUGAAAAAGAAGAAAUAUGUUAAUUCUGGAACAGUUACACUGCUGUCUUUCACUGUGGAAUCGGAGUACACAUUUCUUGACUACAUUAAAGGCGGGACUCAGAUCAAUUUUACUGUGGCCAUUGACUUCACAGCUUCGAAUGGUAACCCAUCUCAGUCAACGUCAUUACAUUACAUGAACCCCUAUCAAAUGAAUGCCUAUGCCAUGGCACUGAAAGCUGUUGGUGAGAUUAUCCAGGAUUACGACAGUGACAAGAUGUUUCCAGCCCUUGGAUUUGGAGCAAAGAUUCCCCCUGAUGGAAGAGUUUCCCACGAAUUCCCUUUGAAUGGAAACCCUGAGAACCCGUACUGCAAUGGAAUUGAAGGUAUUUUGGAAGCUUACCAUAGAAGUCUGAAGACAGUGCAGCUGUAUGGCCCUACCAACUUUGCCCCUGUGGUCAACCACGUAGCAAGGUAUGCAGCGGCUGUGCAGGAUGGCUCACAGUACUUCGUUUUGUUGAUCAUCACAGAUGGCGUGAUCUCUGACAUGGCACAAACUAAGGAAGCCAUUGUUAAUGCUGCCAAGCUGCCAAUGUCGAUAAUUAUUGUUGGAGUCGGACAGGCAGAAUUUGAUGCAAUGGUGGAGCUGGAUGGUGAUGACAUCAGAAUCUCCUCACGCGGAAAACUGGCCGAGAGAGACAUUGUCCAGUUUGUUCCAUUCCGAGACUACAUCGAUCGUACAGGAAAUCAUGUGCUGAGCAUGGCCCGGUUGGCAAAAGAUGUGCUGGCUGAAAUUCCAGAUCAGUUUAUCUCGUACAUGAAAUCACGUGGCAUCAAGCCACACCCAGCACCUCCUCCAUAUACACCCCCAGGCCAUGCUGUGCACACGCAAAUCUAAUGAGCAGCAGGUCGGGCUCAGGAUUUGAACCAGAGGAGCAAAUAUGACAUAUGACUUCCUGUUGUGUCAGUCUUUUACCUUCUGAGAUGGAUCCCAGAAAUAUGAGAGCUUCCAGUGAGAUUUGUAAACCAUCUUCUGACCAUCCUGAGAAUCUAAUAAACUCUCUAGGCUCUGAUGACCAGAACAUUGCAAAAAUGGAAGAGAUACAUGUAAAACUAUAAUAUAUCGGCAACUAUAGAGGGGCAAAAUGAGAAAGUGGAGGACAGAGGAGUUGGCCAUUUUCUUUGUGUGUCUGGAACUUUCUAUAUGGCUAAUCAAUGUGACUGGUAAAGAAUGUUCUUGAAUUACAAGUAUUUUUUUCCUCAGUAGGGGAAGUGCAGUCAUUGACUUGACCAGCUAUUUCUUUUGGUGAUGUAUGUAGAUACCUUUUCCAAAUGGCUUAUUUCACAGUCAAUAUAUAAUAUAUAUAUAUUUAUAUUUAUAGCAUUUUAACUAUUUAUACUGUUUACAGUGUGAUUAAGGUUAAAAGAAAUAGUUCUGCACCUUUGUCCUACUGGUCUUUUUUCAUGAAUAAAUUAAACAAAACAAACCCCAAAAACACACAAUCCUGAAGUAUCCUGUUAAAGAAUUCAGCCUGCCAGUUAACUGUGGUGUUUCCAGUCAACAAGAAUACAUUACAUUUUUGAGAAGUAAGCCAAUGCACAAAAUGGAGGACAAUGCUGAAUGUGCAUCAUACCAGAAAAUGUUUGAUUCACUUGCCUGCUUUUACAAGUCAUUAUUAAUUUUAACAUUAAACUUCAGUGGGACCAGAUCAUGCCUGCUUGUCUGCUAUCUCUUGCUGCUUGUUUUGCAGCAAUGCUGUUCUAUUUCAAUAUUCUUUUCUGGAAAACAACUUGGAGACUCUAUAUUGGGAUUUCUUUAGACUUAUGGCACACUAUAGUUUGCAAGAUGGGUUCAAACUACUUUGUGUAUGCAAAACAGCAUAACGAUUUAAUUUGCAAGUUUGAUUUAUUAAAACAUUAACAGGGAUCAUAGAGUGGCCAGACGAGGUCACUGUUCAUUUUUGGUGGUGUCAUGUUUACACAGACUUCAAAAGCAAAUCUGCAAUGCAAAAUUAAAAUAAAGGUUAAUUAAAGCAUAAUAUUUUAAAAUGACUUUGUAAAUCAUCUCAAGUAUAAAAUUGUUAGUACAUUAGAGGGACUGAAGCACAAUGAAAACUGGUUGUGAACAAAUUGUUUUCAGGCUAAUGGCCCCGGUUGUGGAUCUCAGCGCCACGGUAUGUAAAAAAUACAUUUUAGGCUCCAUGAAACUUGCAUCUUGUGUUUCUACAGAAUGUGUUUUGCAAAUGCUGUGCAUGCUGAACACAUUUGCAUAACCGUUAUCUAAAGGUUAUAUCAGUUAAGGUAACAUACUUCAGAGACUGGCAGUUUGCAGCAUUAUCAAAAAGAAAACAAAAAUAAUUUCGAAAUCUUAGUACUAGUCUGCAAAGUUCCUCUAACAAGAUGUCUGAUAUACACCACAGAAACUGUUGAUCAAGUACUUUAUACAUAGUUAUUAUGUAAAUUAUGGGCUAUUCCUCUUAAAAUUUAUACUGCAGUUUUAAUCUUCUGAUAACAUGCACUACAUUUUUAUAAAUUACACCAAAUAUUCCUUGCUUUCAGAAAAAUAAAAUGUGCAUGUUAUCACCAUUAGAAGAUGCAUUACCUUCCUACUCACAUAUCAGGAGUCCAUAUUUUGUGUUGAACAUUGUCAAGCUACACAAAAGUCAUUGUUUCUGUAUUAUUAUUAAUAUAAAAAGGUAAAUUAUAUCAACCAGAAUUGAGCAGUUUGUGACAUUAGCAUCAUUUGACACGAUAUAUCAUAUCAUAUAUCAUGACAUCAUAUAUCAUACAUCAUAAUGAUAUUAGCAUCAGUUAACAUCAGUUUGUGACAUUAGCAUAAUUUGACAUGGUAUAUCAUAUCAUAUAUAUAUCAUGACAUCAUAUAUCCUACAUCAUAAUGAUAUUAGGAUCAGUUAACAUCAGUUUGUGAUAUUAGCAUUAUUUGGCAUGAUAUAUCGUAUCAUAUAUCAUGACACCAUAUAUCAUACAUCAUAAUGAUAUUAGCAUCAGUUAACAUCGUUUGUGACAUUAGCAUCAUUUGACACGAUAUAUCAUACAUCAUAAUCUUAUUAGCAUCAGUUUGUGACAUUAGCAUCAUUUGACACAAUAUAUCAUAUCAUAUAUCAUACAUCAUAAUGAUAUUAGCAUCAGAUUGUGAUAUUAGCAUAAUUUGACACGAUAUAUUGUAUCAUAUAUCAUGACAUCAUAUAUCAUACAUCAUAAUGAUAUUAGCAUCGGUUAACAUCAGUUUGUGACGUUAUCAUCAUUUGACAUGGUAGUGGUGCUGUGGUAGCAUUGUCGCCUCACAGCAAGACUUUGUCCCGUUCGAUUCUC